AUGAGGACCUGGCCCGGGCCGGGCAGGGCGGCGAGGGGCGGGCGAGACGCCUGGCCGCUAUUUUGCCGUCGGGCGCCAUUGCGUGAGAGCGCCUUCGGCCGGGAAAGCCUUGAUCGCCAGGCACGGCUGCCGGGGACACGAGAUAGGAACCUGGAGGGGAGGCGUGGUGGCGAGCCCUCUGCUGGUUUCGCAUACUGUGAAGGGAGGGACCUGCCGGCUCAUAUGGUUGUUCACCCGGCACCAGGAAACACCAAUGGCACAUUAGUCAAUGCUAUUCUUCAUCACUGCAAGAUCUCUACAUUUACUUGCUUAGCGCGCAGUUCAACUGGUGAUGAAUUCCCGGAUUCUUCAGAUGAAGACAUUGAUGUAUUUAAUGUGGAUCAAUUUGCUACUGAAGACGCAAGUUCAGAAGUCCGGAAUGCUCUUGUGCGCCCUGGUAUUGUGCACAGGCUGGAUAAGGGGACAAGCGGACUUCUUGUUGUUGCUAAGGAUGACCAUUCUCAUGCUCAAUUAGCAGAACAGUUCAAGCUGCAUACAAUUCGUAGAGUAUACAUCAGUCUUACUUGUGGCAUGCCGAAUCCAAAUUCUGGCAGGAUUGAGGCAUCUAUUGCACGUGAUCCUAACAAUAGGAUUCGUAUGAUUGCUACUGCUGGAUCAGGCCACAGAUAUGCACGGCAUGCUGCUAGUAGAUCCGGCGCAUGCAAAGUAUAUAGGAUCCCUCUUCUUGGUGAUGAAACUUAUGGAGAUUCAAGCAUCCACAUUCAGGAAAGAUCCUUGAAUUCUCAUGCCCCCCACCACAUGAUUUUUCGGAGGUGCUUGAUGAAUUACGGAAAGUUACAUCAAGUGAUGCCCAAAAUGGUGAUGGUGUUGUCUGAUAAUAAUGUGGUGCCAACACAUAGUGAGACAUGCAGUGAUUUUGUAGCACACAGCAACGUCUGGUUUGAGGUCUAUUUUAUCAGAGCUGAGUACAGUAAGGUUAUCAUUGAUGGAUUUUUGGGGUUAACUGAAGAAGCUGCCCAUGGACUUUCAACAUUUCCAGUGAGAGAUGGAACCAAGACUGGGGAUGUUGAACAAAACAUGAGAACUCUUGGAGAUUUCUUUCAAUACCUAGAAACCGGGUUUAGCUGUGUAUGUGUUUCAUUUAUUUAG